AUGGCAAAGCUUCUUUUCCGGCAUUAUUCUCGUCGUUAUUUGACUCAGCGACAGCCAAUGAUUGUUUUUGUUGCCGACUGGAAAGACUGGGUGGAAAACAAUAUGGACACUGUUGAUUUUCUGGUUCGACAGUGUCACCAACUAGGACACAAGAUUCAGAGAACAGAGUUUUUGAAUGAGGCAAACGACGACCUCAUUUUCAUUUUAGACGAAGCGCAGGUAACUUAUGCCGAUUCCUUUUUUUGGUAUUCAGUAAUCAAAGAGCGCCUCGCCGCCACCAAAGGUCCGCGAUUCUGCCUAUUUACAUCGUAUGGCAGCCCAAGUACCGGCUCCCCUGAUUACCCAAAAACAACCAUCCCACCAAUUCUGAAAAGGGAACAAAGGAUCUCGUUAAUCGUCCCUCACGAUCACGUUGGGCAUAAUCUCUGUUUAUUCUACAAACAAGAGGAAUUCAAAGACGCCGUGAAGAAAUGGGCUGACACCACCGACCACACAAUCGGUGAAGAUGUCGCGAGCUACAUUUUCGAACAUACAAACGGACAUCCCGGAGUUGCCGGAGCGAUGCUCCGAUAUGUGGCGCUGUUUCACCGAGAUCACCUCAAGCGGUCUGGCGUUUCGCACAUAACAUACCAGCAUGUUGGCGAUGCGUUAGAAAACGAUUACGAGUUAUUCAAAUUCCUUAAUUAUGAUGUCGCGGGAAGGAGCCUUCCAUCGAAAGCAAGACUGCAGGGUGUUGACCCCCUCAUCGUCGGUGUGUUGUUGCGCAUCUUAACCCAUGGGAGCCUCGAAUUCGAUAGGAAUGAUGAUGCGUUGGAAAAGUGUUUCAGACUGGGCUUUAUUCAUGUCGACGAGCCCGAAGAAGGUCGUAUGAUCUGUGUUUUGCCCUCUUUUUUGCACGCCCGUUUUGUUGAAUAUACGUAUGGCCUGUCUAUGAUGAAACCUUUCCCGGUCACAAGCUAUCCCGAUAUUGAGGCUUUAGCAUUGAAAGUGUUGCAGAGGUUCUCGAGGACGGUGCUUUGCAUGGCAGAACGGGGCCAGCGAUAUGGCCCUUCUGGGAAGCCACGCCCUCUUGAGGCGGCCUAUCAGGAUGAAUUCUACAGAUGUUUUGGUGAAGAAGUCGGCCCAGGUGUCGGUAUCAUUUCUGAACGGUCAUGCAUCGGUCAGGGACACAUUGAUUUCCACAUAAUCACCCCUGGCUGGGGAUUCGAACUUUUACAUGACGGCGACCGGCUUUUGGAACAUUGCAAAAGAUUUGAACCACGUGGAACAUACCACCAAUCCAUCCAACAAGGCCUACUCACCGAUUGGUUGAUAUUGGACUGUAGGCGCUCAAUUCCUCGCAAACGUUACCCGGAACCCAAACUAUGGCGAAUUAUUUUUUCCCAAGAUUAUUCACGCGUUCGAAUCCUAAAUGGCGACAACGAAGAAAUUCACCCCGAGUUUUUCUUAACCAACUAUUGA